AUGGCGCACAAACGCGCAUUAGAAGCACUUGACAACACAUUGAAAGAUCUUCACAAUGACUCGAGAUGUUUUGGAGGCGCAAUGAUUUUACUGUCUGGCGGUUUUCGCCAAACACUUCCAGUCAUUCCAAAAUCGACUGCUGUCGACGAAAUAAAUGCUUGCCUUAAAUCAUCAAAUCUUUGGCGCUAUGUGAAGAAACUUCAGCUGGUAACAAACAUGAGAGUUGCAUUGGUAAACGAUACAUCUGCUGAAGAGUUCUCCAAGCAAUUGCUGUUAAUCGGUAAUGGCCGUGUAGCUGUUGAAGAAUCGAGCGGAUUAAUUGCAUUUCCUUCAAAUUUUUGCAAUUUCGUCUCAUCAAAAGACGAACUCAUCAAUGAAGUAUUUCCGAACAUCAUUGAUAAUCAUAAAAACAAAAAAUGGUUGAGUGAGCGAGCAAUUUUGGCACCUAAGAACAAACAUGUGAAUGACUUAAGCUUUGUAAUUCAAAAUCAAAUCGUUGGUACUCUGCAUACAUUCAAAUCUAUUGACUGUGUAACAAACGAAGAAGAAGCUACCAACUAUCCAACUGAAUUUUUGAACUCCUUGGAUGUGCCUGACUUACCACCGCACAAUUUACAAUUAAAGAUUGGUUCGGUAGUCAUUGUGCUUCGAAAUCUAAACCAACCAAAACUAUGCAAUGGAACGCGUUUAGUGAUAACAAAACUGAUGGCCAAUGUGAUUCACGCAAUGAUACUCAAAGGAAAAUUCAAAAGUGAUGAAGUUCUCAUUCCGAGGAUUCCGAGGAUUCCAAUGAUCUCAAUCGAUAUGCCCUUUGAGUUUAAACGAAUUCAAUUUCCUAUUCGGCUUGCAUUCGAAAUGACUAUAAGUUCUUGCUGA